AUGACAUCAAGAGGAAAGUCUCAUGACUCACAAGAAGAAAGAGACAAAGCCAAUGUGAGCAAUGAAAGACUUAAAGAAGCUCAAAUCCAAACCUUUGCAAGGUUCACACAAAGGCUUGAAGACCUAACCGAAUCCUUGCAAAUGAUGAACACAUGUGUUCAAGGAUUGGAAAGGCAACAAAGAAUGCCACACCGAAGGAGACCAAUGAGUUCAAGAGAGAUAUCUGACGGUCCUCCAAGAAAAGCAUACAUUGGCCAAGGAAGAAGAAGAUUCCAACAACACCGAGAGAGGCCAAGAAGAGAAAACUACCAUGGGAGCAUCAAGUUGAAAAUUCCAACCUUCCAUGGAAAGUCUACACCCGAAGAGUUUGAAUCAUGGGAAAAGGAGAUUGAGUUAGUGUUUGCAUGCCACAAUUAUGAUGAUGGCAAGAAGGUAAUUCUCGUACUCACUCAUUUUAAAGAUUAUGCACUAACUUGGUGGGAUAAAGUGAUGGCUCAUAGAAGGAGGAACCAUGAAAGACCCAUAGCUUCUUGGAUAGAGUUUAAGGAACUCGUGAAGAGAAGAUUUGUGCCACCACACUACCAUAGAGCAAAUUCAAGGAAACUUAAUAAGCUCUAUCAAGGCACCAAGGGAGUUGAAGACUACUACAAGGAGAUGGACAUGUUGAUAAGCCGAUUGCAACUAGAGGAAGAUAAGAAGACCACUAUAGCUUGA